AUGAAGUUGGAGGCUCCUCUUGUUGUUUUGGUUCUCUUCUUGAACACUUUGUCCAUGAAUAGCGCCACGGCGCAGAGCACGCCUUUCCCUGUGAGGGUUGGAGUGGUGCUAGACAUGGACGAUUAUGUCGGAAAAAUGGGGUUGAGCUGCAUCACAAUGGCGCUCUCGGAUUUCUACACCAGAAAUGGCCACUACCAGACUCGGCUGGUUCUCAACGAGAGGGACUCCAAGAGAGAUGUUGUUGGGGCAGCUGCUGCAGUGGGAAUUGGGAAAAUUAGAGACAAGAUAGAAAGGGAAAGCUUACCAGCGGCGGCCUCACCGGAAGCUCACGGCCGCAAUGGCAGAUGGCCUUCGAGGAGGGGUGACGGCGACCGGAGAAGAUGGGAGCGGCGGCGAAGCACGGCGGACCGGAGUAGAGCAAGGCAGUGCGGAGCAAGGCAGGGCGGGCAAGGUCUUGCUGUUGUUCCGCCUCGGGGGCUCCAACGCGAGGUGGUGGUGAUCGGAGGAGAUUGAGGCGGCGGCGGCGACUACCUAGGGUUUUAGAUUUGGAGGCAAGCGUGACAAAGGCAACAGAUCACGAGAUACGGGCGAGAAUUUGUUCGUCGGCAAGUGAGAUGGCGGGGGAAAUGAGAUGGAGGCAGCUCAGAAGAGGCUUUGCGUCGAUCUGAACGUUGGAGAAGAAAGUCGAAGGCGGCUAGGGCAGUAAGCCUGAAACUAUGAUUCAAUGAUUUUCUUUCUUUUUGAGGUGUUAGCGUGAAAAUUGAGCUGGAGUGAUGAAUAGGGGUUUUAGGUGUUAGCGUAAAAGAAUGAAGUCAAUUUUUUUUAUUAUUCAAUUUUUGGUAUUUAAGUUUUUAAUAAUGUAUUUAGAUUUUAUGUGUUACUUAAUGAUAAAAAAAAUGUUAUAAGUUUUUUAUU